UGUAAGCAAUAGUAUAAUCACCAAACAAAGUCUAAAACGGUGCAGAUAAGAAUUUAAAAAUUGAUUUUUUUUUAAAUUAUCUAUAGCCAGCUAUUAUCAUAUAUUUUUAAAUCAAAAUUAUAAGACAUAUAUUUAUAUGAUGUUUGAUAGCAUUAGGAUUGGAUUUGCUAAAAGAUACUCUGUAUUUUGAUGUAUACUGGUGUUAUGUAAUUAUUUUUCAAGGUCGUUUUCAGAAUGUGUCGUUCAAGCUAUUCGCGGAUAGCAAUUUGCUGUUAUUACAUAUACAUAUAUAUGUGUGUACAUAUAUAUGUAUAUAUACAUAUAUAUACUUGUGUUCAGUUACAUCUCAUGUUUGCAAUUGAUUGAAAUGUUAUUUAUAUGGUCGCAAGAUAAGAUUGCGUACCUGCGCGGAAGAUUUUUAAAUUGAAAAAUUUAUAGAAGUUUAAUAAUGAUUGUUAAAACGUACGUUUUUACACACGCAAUCAGCAUUUAUCUAUCAAGUACUGAUAAGUAAUUGAUAAUCAGUCAAGAUUAUAGAAAGCAGCAAUAUCGUGAAAAGAACAAUACAGAUAAACUUUUUAUCAAAUUUCAUUGCUACUGCUUACUUUAAAGGCGGAAGUGUAUAAUAAACUAACUUUCUCACUAACAAUCAGGGAACAAACCAUUAAAAAACAACUAAUUCACAAUGAUAAGUGUCCCAUUUGUUUUUAAAAUUUUACUUUCUAUUCUUUUACCAUUGUGGCUAUAUGUUUGGAUUAGUAGAACAGUUAAGAAAUAUAAUACAUCAUGUUUAAACUUGAAACAAGAUAUUCCAAGUACUUAUUUCUUAUUAAAAUAUUGGUGGGCAGAAUAUUGUAUUAAUAGGAUAAAAAAGAAAGAAAGACAUUCAGAUUAUGAAAAAAAUCACCUAGAAAAUUCAAAAAUUAAAGAUAAAAAUAGUGCCAACAGCAUAUUUUUUUAUGGUGCAGAUCAAAAAGGGAAUUCUUUAGUAAUUAAAUUUACUCGUAGAGCAUUCAAAAUAGCAGAAAUAUCAUUGCAACUUGUCACAUCUGAUGGUCAUCUAUAUGUCUUGCCUGAAUAUCCUGAUACAACUUUAACAAGUAGUCUAACUCAGGAAUGGAUAGCAGGUGGUCUAAAAAUUGAAUUUUUAGAUUUUCAACGACGUUGCAGGAUAAUUUACAAUGGAAUGCUUAGAAACUUAACUCAGGGUGAUGAAUGCAAUGAUGAUAAUGUUGAACACGUUCGCUUCAAUUUUAUAUUUAUUACGAAUUCCUCCCAACCAUUAAGAUGGCCAGAAGAUUGGAGUUCAAAAUUACAUGCAGAAGCAUUAGCUUGUGAACCUUGGAAGAAUCCUGACUGGAUAAAUAAAAUAAAGUUACUUGAGUAUACAGGUUUUGAUCAAUGGGGAUCUAUGAUAGGUCAAAUAACAUAUAAAGAUGGAUCUGUCUCUUCACUGUAUUUGCGCGGACUUCAUCAAUAUCGUUGGGGGAAGCAUGAAUCUUAUGAAUUUUAUGAAUCAGUUACUUUAUUUGGAGUAAUGUUAUAUGGCGCUAUGUAUUAUCUUAAUAUGAGUAGUACAAGAUAUAGUUUUCCACAAAUACAGUUUGGUCAAUAUAGAACUAAUAAUGAAAGUAUAGCAGAGAUUAGCAAGAUAGGACUCAAAUUAUCCGAUUUUAAACAAAAAAAACUUAAUAAUAAUUUGGAAUAUAAAACAUGGUUCAUAGCUGAAAAUAAAAAGUACGAUAUUAUCAUAAAACCUAAUAAGACAAUAACUCUAUAUUAUGGCCAGCCAUGGAAUUCGCUAAACAAAAUUUUCACUGUGAAGUUAGAAAUGAAUGGAAAAUCAGGUGUUGGAUUAAUGCAAUUAUGGUCUCUCUACAAUGGAUCAUAUAAAGCAAAAGUGCAUCCACCUUUACAACUGUUAAAACAACCUAGUAUUUCUGUGCAAAAAAACGAUUAUGUUGUAUAUUUUAAUGAUGGAAAAUGCCAAAAUGAAAAUAUUGUCGGUGGAAAAGGGUUUUCUCUUGCAAUGUUAACUUCUGUUAUAGAUACAGAUUUUGUUGUACCAAAAGGAUUUUGUGUGACUGUUUUUGCCCUUGAAUUGCAAUUACAUAGACAUAAAGAAUUGCAAGAAAUAAUUAAUGAUAUUGAGAAUGUUAGUGUUGGGAAAAAAGAUGGUGAUCUUCAAAAAUAUUGUGACGAAGCUAUGCGUAUCAUCGAGUCGACUCCUAUUAUUGACGAAGUAAAAGAUGCAAUUUUAAAAGCAAUAGAGAACUUAGAGUCAGAAAACAAUGAUGAUAAACCAUAUAGGUAUGCGAUAAGAUCUAGUGCUGUAGGUGAAGAUAGCGAAGAAACUUCGGCUGCUGGCCAAAAUUCAACUUAUUUAAGUAUCCAAGGUGAAGAUAAUAUCAUCAAGAGUGUAGCUAAGUGUUGGGCGAGUUUGUUUUCAUAUCAAAGUGUUAAAUACAGAAAACAACAUGGGAUGUUUGUAAAGACAUCUAUGGGCGUAUGUGUACAAAAGAUGGUAAAUGCUAGUGCUGCAGGUGUUAUGUUCACCAGACAUCCGACUACUGGAGACCCGUCAAAUAUUCUUAUUACAGCUAAUUAUGGAUUAGGAGAGUCUGUUGUUUCAGCAACAGUUGAACCAGAUACAAUAAUUGUUCAUAAAAGUUGGGAUAAUGAAUUGACUGUAACAAGUUCAGUAGCAGGGAAUAAACAUCAAAAGAUGCUAGCAAGUGAAAAUGGAGUUGUUACAAUCGAACUCAAUGACCAAGAAAACAAAACAAUUUGUUUGUCAGAAAAAAUUGCUCUGCGAUUAGCUACUAUAGGAAUAGAUUUAGAAAUGUUAUUUGGUAGUGCCAGAGAUAUAGAAUGGGCAGUAGUCAAUGAAAAUAUUUAUUUACUUCAAGCUCGACCUAUCACUACUUUAUAUACGUGGACAGAUUUUGAAUUAAUGCACGAAUUGGAUUCAGGCGUCCCAAGCGAUAUUGACAUACUUACAUUUGCUAAUGUAGGCGAAGUUUUUCCAUAUCCAAUAUCACCUUUAUCAAUUUCUAUAACUAACAGACUACUUAAUUUGUCAACGGCUAUUGCACUUCAAUCUUUAGAUUGUAUUUUCUUCCCUAUCGUUACUAUGAAAUGCUGCAUAAACUAUUAUAAUGCGUUUUUACGAAAACCUGGAGAAACUAUAACACUUUUCAAUAAAGUCACAGAUAUAGCUAUUAGCGGAGCUGUUUUAGUCACACCAGAAAUGUUAAAAGUUGCUUGUGAUAGAAACGGCGUAUGUAGUCGCCUAGAUGGAAUUUUGCUCCUAUAUGACAUGGUAAAGGAUACAAUGAAAAAUAGCACAAAAGAAAAAACUGCACAGAAGAUUCGUCAAAAUUUAAAUUUAAAUGCAGAAGAUUUUCAUACCGCUUAUAGUUUAUAUAAUGAAAUUAAUCAACAUAAAGAGGAAUAUUUAAUGGCAGGAGAAUGUCAUUUGCAUACAUCAAGAGUUAGUGUUAUUUAUCAAAUUUUUGCAAUGGGUUUACUAACACAUGGCUACAAAGAUCUUGUGCAAGAGCACUUUUCAGAUAUCGCAAUUUUGUUAGGUUCUUGCAGCGAUAUUGUUAGUGGUGAAGUGGUAACAGGACUUAAUAAAAUAGUGCAUUAUAUUAAGAUGAAUGAAAAAGGCGAAGAAUUUAAAAAAAUUGAUCCUAAUAAAGGUAUCGAUUGGUUAAAAAUUAAUUGCCCACAAGCUGCAAAGGAAUUGAAUAAUCUUCUUAAAGAGCAUGGAUAUAGAUGCAUUCAAGAGAUGGAUUUUAUAUCAGAACCAUGGUCUCUUAGACCUCAAGAUCUUAUUAGUACACUUCAGAUCAUGAUGGCGGCUGUAAAACAGAAAAAUUCAAGCAAAUCGCUUAGUCCAGAGGAGACAGUGGCGCAAUUGAAGACACCAAAGUCGAAACGUAUUAAAUGGAUUUUGGAAAAACUUGUACCCCUAUGUAGACAAUCUGUCAUUCGUCGAGAAAUGACGAAAUCAAUAUUUGUAUAUGUUAUACAUAUAUUUAGGCUAGCUUAUAGAAGACUAGGAAAAUUGAUGGUUUUAGAAGGAUAUUUACCUAGCGAAGACUUAAUAUUCUUUUUAACGAACGAAGAAAUAGGGAAAUUAUUGAGUCAUCACGAUACAUCAUUAGUACAAAAAGCUUCCCGUAGGAAAAGAAUUUUUCCUCAGUUAAAAAAUAUGGAAUAUCCAGAAGUUAAUACUGGAAUGCCAAUUCCUAUGAAGAGUAAUGUAGAUAUGGUAGUAGAUGAAAAAUCUGAAAAAAUUAAAGGAAUGUCGGUAUGCGGAGGCUCUGUUCUUAACAGAGCAUGUGUAAUCACGGAUUUAUCAGAAGCACAUACAAUACAACAGGGUGAUAUUUUAAUUACUCAUGCUACUGAUAUUGCUUGGAGCCCAUAUUUCCCAUUAUUGAGCGGUAUAGUUACAGAAUUAGGAGGACUUAUAAGUCAUGGAGCUGUAGUAGCUAGAGAAUACGGCCUUCCAUGCAUAGUUGGAGCUAAGAAAGCUACACAAAUAUUUCAAACAGGAGACACUGUGCUAUUAACCGCGGAUACUGGUGUUUUGCAGUUGGUGAAGAAACAUGAUUAAAAAGGUUACAAUUUUUAUUUUCUCUUGUAUCAUAUGUAUUUAUAUAAUUUAACAAUUCAAGGUGAAAUUUGCUUCAUUUAUUCACAUUAAUAGCGAUGAAUGUGCAAACUGCAAUAAAGGAAUCUAUUGUAAUAAUA